CCUUCCUUCCUAAUUUCAACAACAAUGGCUCCCCCACCUACAGUCAAACCUUUUCAGCUUCUUGAAAUCAACAUCAUCUCCGCUCAAGAUCUUGAACUCGUCUCCAAGAAAAUGAAAACUUACGCCACCGCCUGGGUCCACGACAAUCGGAAACUCACCACCGUCGUUGAUAAUCAAGGCAAUUGUAAUCCCACAUGGAAUGACAAAUUCGUCUUCCGGGUCGACGAUGGAUUCCUUCAACAAGAUACCUCUGCCGUCAUGAUCGAAAUCUACUCCGUGGGUUGGUUCGGGGAUAAAUUAGUCGGAACCGUUCGUGUUCUCGUCGGUAAUCUAGUCCCUCCGUCUACGUCUCGUUCAAAUCAUCUACAAAUGGGUAUGCGAUUCGUUGCGCUUCAGAUUCGUCGCCCAUCUGGACGUCCUCAAGGGAUUCUCAACAUUGGAGUCGCCCUUCUUGAUGGUUCCAUGAGGAGCAUGCCUCUGUAUCGUCAACUAAGCGCAUCCGCUGUCGGUUACCGCGAUCUUAUGGGUAAUGAGGUCUAUGGCGGCGGGAAUGACGAUUACGAUGAACAAUCUGAGCUCGGAGGAGGUGGGCACUAUGAAUCGAAGCCGACUCUACGGCGAUCAAGGAGCGAGAGAAGUGAGCGGUUCAAUUUUGACGAUGUUACCUCCUUUGAUGGGUCUUCGAUUCUUACAUUCACUGCUACGAGAGAUAUGUUGGGGAAGACAGGUGGUGGUUCGAUGGUUAAUGGGUCGGAUGUGAAUCAAUUUCAGGGGAAGAAGGGGAAAGCAAGCUCUAUCGUAAAUGGGUCUGAUCUGAAUCAAUUUCAGGGGAAGGAAAGCUCAAUCAUCAUCAAUGGGGCGGAACUGGAUCAAUUUCCGGUAAAGAAAGGGAAGAAGGCGAGCUCCGUCAUUAAUGUGCCGGAGAUUCGUGAAGAAGAAGAUAACAAAAAACCCAAAAAGAAGGCAAGUUCGGUCAUCAACAGUUCUAUAUUAAGCAUAAGCAACCAUCCUCCAGCCCAAUUCUUAAUCCAAAACGACAAAUCCAAACCUAAUAAACACAACCCAACAAAGAUUCCCGACCUGAAAGAGAAACCAAUUGAAAGACCCGGAAGGAACGCCAACGUUUCACCUCCAAUUGGAAAACCCAAGGGUGGUCCAAAGGGUACAUCGGUAGUGAACGGAGGAGGAAAGUACGUCCCUAAGAAACCAAGCUCAAUAUGGUCUGAUUCAGAAGUGGGUCCUUCUCCGUCAGAAGUGGCUGCAGCGAUGGCGCAUCGCGACAGGUACCAUCAAGCCGGGGACGACCAGAGUUCUAUAUUAGACGGAUGGAGCAUGGACGAGAGCGUUGAAGGGCUCCGGUCGAAGCUAGAGAGAUGGCGAACGGAGUUACCGCCGUUGUAUGAUCAAGGAUUCGAUAGUGUGAGUUACCCUGCUUCAUCAUCGACGAGGACGAGUGGACAAGGGGGUCAUCACGCACGGAGACAUUCUGCUGCGGAUGCCGCCGGUGGAAGUGGGUUGUUCUCGUGCUUUGGAAACUUAGCCGGGUAUGAAUACCAAUGUAUUUGCGGGAAACCGCCGCCGGAGAGAAAGAGAAACAACAGCGGUCGUUUCAGUAGUCCGGCAACAAGCCGAUCACGUUCAUUGUUCUGAAUAAAUCAUUCAGGG